AUGGCCACCAUAGUGUACGUGUGGCUAGUUCUUGCUUGUCCUCAGCCUUCGUAUCCUCAGCAUCUAGCAGUCCCUAUGGCCAACUUGCCAAAGAACAAUGAAGAUGACUCUGGACAUCCAUUUGAUGGGGCAAGGCUGCUAGAUUUUGCAAUUCUUAGACCAUACUUGCAACAUCCUGCCGUCAGUCAUGACCCAAGCCCUUCUUCUUCCUUGAGAAGGGAACUGAGGAGAUCAAUGGAUAUGGCAUUUUUGUUUUUCGGGUUUUUAGCUCUUUUGGUGCUGGUUCAUGGGCAGGAUCAAUCAGGAUUCAUAAGCAUUGAUUGUGGGAUAGCUGAGGGCUCAGACUAUAAGGAUAAUACCACUGGCCUGCUUUACACUUCGGAUGCAAAAUUCAUAGACACUGGAAUAAAUGGGAAGAUUUCUUCAAAGUUCAGGUCUGCAACUCUUAUACCACAGCUCACAAAUGUUAGAAGCUUCCCAGAAGGAGCCAAGAAUUGUUACACCCUGAGACCGAAACACGGCAAAAAUAAUAAUUAUUUGAUCAGGGCUUUCUUCAUGUAUGGAAAUUAUGACUCCAAGGAUCAACCUCCAGAAUUCAAACUACAUCUUGGUGUUGAGGAAUGGGACACAGUUAACUUUACCCAUUCAGAUAAAAUUGUCAGGAGGGAAAUCAUUCAUGUUCCAAAGACAGAUGACAUAUAUGUCUGUCUGGCAAACACUGGGUCUGGGACACCUUUUAUAUCUGCGUUAGAGCUGAGACCACUGGAUAGUUCCACUUACACCACCGAAUCUGGAUCACUGGAACUCUUUGCAAGGGUUGACGUUGGAACAAAAACAAAUGAAACAGUCAGAUACAAAGACGAUGUUUUUGAUCGCAUUUGGGAUCCGAUCAGCUGGGAUUAUUGGGAUCCCAUUAAUUCAAGCUAUGUUAGUAGCACCUUAAGUAACAAUGAGUACAAACCUCCAUCCAAUGUCAUGUCUACUGCUGUGAUACCAGCCCUCGAUUCCAUUUCCUUGGAGUUUUAUUGGGAUACAGAUGAUCCUAGUCAACAGUUUUAUGUGUACAUGUACUUCGCUGAGGUUGAGCAACUGGAAACCGGCGAGUUGAGAGAAUUCAACAUCUCACUGAAUGGUGGCUCAUGGAGAGGGCCUAUUGUUCCAGAAAAGAUGAUUCCAACUACUAUAUGGAACACCGACUCUAUAAGUGCUCCUGGUAGUCUAAAUUUUAGUAUUUCUAAGACAGAUGACUCCACACGUCCUCCCAUUCUCAAUGCUUUGGAGAUAUAUUCGGUAAAACAAUUCUUACAAUCACCAACUGGCCAAAAUGAAGUUGAUGCUAUCAAGAAAAUCAAGUCAGUGUACAAGGUGAUGAAGAGUAGCUGGCAAGGAGAUCCAUGCAUCCCCAGAGAUUACUUAUGGGAUGGCCUGAUCUGCAGUGACAAUGGCUAUGAUGCUCCCAGUAUCAUCUCACUUUUGGAUGGGAAUCCGGAUCUUUGUAAAACAAGCUCAUGUAAGGGGAAGAAUCUUAUUGUUCCAAUAGUUUCAUGCGCCGUUUCCGUUCUGGUCCUCUUAGGUGUAUUUGCCAUCUUCUGGAUCUACAAAAGGAAGCAACAACAAGGUGUAGUUGUUGCUUCCAAGCCUAAUGAUCCAGAAGAAAAGAUAAUGAGGCAUAAUAACAGGCACGUUAGUUACUCUGAGAUUGUAAGCAUCACUGGUAACUUCCAACAGGUGAUUGGGAAAGGAGGGUUUGGAAAAGUUUAUAGUGGCCAUUUAAGUGAUGGUACUCAAGUUGCUGUCAAGAUGCUUUCAUCUCCAUCAACCCAUGGGUCUAAGCAAUGUAGGACUGAGGCUGAGCUGUUAACAAGAGUUCAUCAUAGAAACUUGGUUUCUCUACUCGGUUACUGUGAUGAGAGUCCAAACAUGGGGCUCAUGUACGAGUACAUGGCUAAUGGGAAUUUACAAGAGUGUUUGUCAGGUAUCAAUGCAUCCGUCUUGACUUGGGAACAAAGGCUUCGAAUAGCAAUAGAUGCAGCACAAGCAUUGGAAUAUUUGCACAAUGGUUGCAAGCCACCAAUAAUCCACAGAGAUGUUAAGACUGCAAACAUUUUGUUGGAUGAGAAAUUGCAGGCCAAAGUAGCAGAUUUUGGGUUGUCCAGAUGCUUGCCCCCUGAAAAUGGGAAUUGUUUAUCUGGGAGUAAUUUUUCAACUGCAAUAUCUGGAACGCCUGGAUACCUCGAUCCCGAGUAUUACACAUCCUUAAUGUUGGAUGAGAAAAGCGAUGUUUAUAGCUUUGGGAUUGUUCUGUUGGAGCUUAUCACUGGCCAGCUUCCGAUAAUAAAGCAGGGCGAAGAAAGCAUGCUUCACAUAGUCCAAUGGGUCAGUCCCAUUAUUGAAAGGGGGGAGAUUAGAGACAUAGUAGAUCAGAGGUUACAGGGAGAUUUUGAUAUCAGUUCUGUCGGGAAAGCUAUAGAUAUAGCAAUGGCUUGUGUAACCUACAGCUCCACCACAAGGCCGACCAUGAGUCAUGUGUUGCUGGAAUUAAAAGGCUGUUUGAACAUUGAGAUAGCCCCUGAAAGGACGCGGAGUAUGGAGGAAGACAAUGAGAAACAAGCAAACGAUUCGCUUGAAAUGAUUUUUGUUAGCACAGAAAUUCCAAAGGGUCCUCAGGAAAGGUAG